AGCAUUGAACCUAGCAAUAUGGCUGAUCAAACAGAAGGUACGUUGAUAUGUGAAUUUUAGAAAAAAUAAUUUUUAUUCACUUAAUAUUUGAUAUUAUAUAGAAAUAAAUGCAACGUCCUAUUUUUUUAUAUUCAUAUUACUGUUGAUUAUAAUUGUAAUGUGAUGUGACUUGCACUAAGGGAUAAGCAGUGAAAGUUAGUUAAAGUUGCGGCUUCCAUAAUUAAAAUUAAAGUGAAAGUCACUAAUUUAACAAAUAAAUAAUAAUAAUAUAAUUAAAUAAGUAAUUAGUAAUUUAAUCACAAAGUAGAUUAAGAGACAAGACUAAGUUAGUCACUAAGUAGUAAGACUUAGUAAUGAAUUUAAUAAAAAUAGUAAUGUUGUUACUUGUGGCUAUUGCCUACUAUAGGCAUAGGCUAUAACUAUAGUAUAUAGUAUAUAUAAUUAUAUAGCUAUAAUUUUAUAAUAUAAUUAUUGGGCUUGGGACCCGGCUGGCUACCAGAAGUGAGAGGUUCGAAUUAAAAAUGUUAAAAAUUUUAUUGUUGGGUUUGUAAGAUAAAAUUUGGUAUCGAAUGAAAGAUAAUUGAAUGGACUAUAAAUUUGUUUGUAAACUUAAUUCUUCAGUUUAAGUCAGUUUAACUAGGUACUUUGACACAAAAUUUAAAUAUUGUCCGAUUGCCAUGAAUGAUACAUCAUUUUAAAGGGCUAGCCAUAGGCUUUAUAACAAUAACAAUUUUAUCUUUCUAUCUUUUAUAGAACUGGAGUUAUGAUUUUUUUUGUCGAAUUUGUAUGCCCCUUAUAUAUAAGCUAUAUAUUUGACUUUAACUAAAAUUUAAUAAACUACCACAAAUGACAUCUGAAUGCAUUUGGUGGUUAAAAUUAAAAUGGACCCCUGGAUACGCAUCACCGUUAAUUGGACCCCUGGACACGCAUCAUCGCUAUUCAGACCCGGGUCCAAUUAAUAUUUUUUGAUAAACCCAACCUCUCAAUUCUGAUACCGGGUAUGAAUAGCCCCAGCCAAACUAAAACUAACUAAUUCAACUGUAAGGAAGUCUACUUCUAAUAUUAAAUUAUAAUUAUAUAAAUAAUUAUUUUUAUUUCAAAAAUUAUUUUAUGGUUUAAUAAAAACCUUUUAUCAACUUAAUGAAUUGAAUGCAAAGUAAGAAUUUGUUUUGUUAUUGUUUCAUUAAUUUUUAUAUUUUGUUGUAAGAUUAAGAUAUACACAUUAUGUUUGAAAAUUAUGGUAAAUUCAGACAAUUGGUGCUAUGACUUAUCACAAGGUCGCCACCUUGGUUACUUUUAAUUAAAAAAUAUUGUAAUAUUAAGUUAUUAAGGAAAAUUUAACUCUAGUUACAACAAUAAGGGGAGUGAAUCCAAAACACAAACUAUACAAAGAUCACGAAAUGACAUCAUGGCACCAAAUCUCUGCAUUUACCAAACAUAUUUGUUACAAUUAUUUUUGGCUGCGGGUAUAGGGACCAGGAAAAGAGUGCUAUUUGGACCCGGAGUGGGUCCGUAUAGAUAAAAUGGCUUCGGACCCGGGUGUGGUAACAGUAGUAGUAUGAGAAUUACAAAUUUUUGUUCGUUUUUUCUCCUUGUUAUUUUAUUAGUUAUAGGUCAAAGUUUUUUAAUCUAAUAAUCAAGAUGAUACAGAUACAUUUAUUUUCAUUAGAAUUUUAGAAAAGUAAUAACAUUAAGUUAAUUAUUAAAAUUAAAUCCUUAAGAUGAUUUAUGUGUAUUGUUUAAGUUAAAAGUAAAAGAUUUAAUCACACAGUACUUUAUGGACUAAUUAGGCAUUCUAAAUCAUAAGACUUUCAUUCAUAAUGAAUUAAAUUCAACUAUUCCUCUAAAGAGAGCUUGGCUUAAUCAGAACAAAACCACCAAUUUUAAAACUUGUCCACGGCACUGGGAGUAAUUAUUAUUAUUAUUUAAUAAGUGAUUUUAUAUAGCGUGGUACCCCAGCCUGGGCUGGGCUCAACACGCUGACAUACAAUUUAACAAACAUAAUCAAAAACUUUUAAAAAAUUAAUGAACAUACUUUUAUUAAAUAAAACAAAACAAAUGUAUCUUUAAAACUAUUUACAUGCCAAGCCAUGGACAACAUACAGCAGCAUCGUUUUUCAGUCAGAGGUGGGAAUCAGUCAGGAUAGAAGAGUUUAAAAAGAUGUGUUUGAGUGCAGUUUUGAAGGCUGUGAUGGUCGGUAUAUUGCAAAUGUGUAAUGAAAGAGAAUUCCAUUGUUUGGGGGCACAGAAAGAGAACAAUCUUUCACUGUAUGUUUUUGUGUGAGUCUUGUGGGCAGAAAGAAUAUGCACAUCUGCGGAGGAACGAAGCUGUCGAAGGGGUGAAUAGACAGAGAGAAGUUGGGUUAGAUAGGAAGGGGAGGAAUUCGAGAAAAAGUUAUGGCAGAGAGCAGAGAGUUUGUAGUAAAUCCGUGCUUGUACAGGGAGCCAAUGAAGUGAAUGAAGUAGUGGUGUGACGUGAUCACGUUUUUUUAAUACAUGCGGACACUGACUGUUUUUCCUGAUGUCUCGAAUCUCCUUUCAUUAAUCUUUCUCAUACUUGACCUAAUUCACAAGGUAGUUAGAAUGAACAUCUUAAAGGAUGCAAUAGUAUAAAGCAUGAGAAAGAGACUUAUUUUUGGAGAGCUAGUCUUUUUUUUACCAUACCUGUCUACUGGGUCUAACACACCGGUGCAUAAUUUAAAAUUUAACAGAAGAAAAAAAAAACUGGCUUGUGAACAUUUUUGUUUGGUUGUGUGUUAUUUGAGUUGUGUACUGCAGUAAUCCAUAAAAUAAAUUAGGGGCCAGUAUGGAGUAGGCAGCCAAUAAAAGCAUUCAAUUAGGUCACAUCAUUCCUUUGCCCUUUGUCUCCUUUCACUUUCUUGCCUUCCCUGUUGGUACAGUAAACAAUUGUUUGUAUCAUUUUUUUAUUAAUGUACAGAAGUAAGGAUUGAGUGGGAGCAACUAUGUGAUCUGUGAAGGGAGUUUAGUUUCAAGGCAACUAAGUCAUGCCCAAUUGAAAAUAACAUACUUAUAACAUAAAAAGAGCGAUUUACUGGGAUAUAAGACUAUGGGUGGAAGUUUUAGAUGACAUAUACUACUCAUAAGUGUAGUUUUGAUACCCUCUUUCUUCUAAAAUAACUUAGUUAAAAAUUUCAAACCUCUUGCACACACAACCAGUUAUACAUAUAACAAAUACAAUUUGUUUUAGGGUUGUCACAAGAAUUUAAAUACAAAUUUAUUUCAAACAAAAAUGAACCAAAGCGGAAUUUUACAAAAUAUUGAAAAGGUGACAAAAAGUCCAUUUUAGUUCACUUAAUUUUAAAAAAAACAUAAAUUAAGCAAUAUUAAAACUAUAAAAGUCAAGUAAAGUGAAAUUUAAAGCAUUUCAAUGUGAGAAAUUUUUAGGCAAGGGUGAAAACAAUAAAAUAUUUUUUUUUAAUUUACUACAGACUUUAACUUUUUUUUUAAAAUCUGCCCAAGAAACAUAAUAAAAAUGUGUAUUUACAUACCGGUACCAAAAAUUUAUCAUUUUCAGCACAUUAAAAACAUUCACAUAUUUAUAAAAGUAGUUGAAAAUCUUUCGGAACCAUUAAUUGCUAAUUAGCAGUGAAAAUAAAUUUACAAGAACAGGUCAACAAUGAUUAUCUCAGCAAGGCAUUUUCACAAUAAUGUUGCAAUUAAAUAUUUUUUAAACUCUUAAAAAAACUACUAAUUAAGGUUUCUACUUACAAUUUAAAUUAAUAUAGUUCCCAUCAAAAUAAUUUCACAGCAAACCAUUCUGUACCUCAGACAUGUAACACAUUUCAAGUAAAGGAAACAGUGAUGCAAUAUUUAGUCUCAAUGAUGCAUUAUUUAUUACCAGUAACAAGCAACAAAAAUGUUUUAAGAACUAUGAGAAAUCCCAAUGAAAUUUCAACCAAUCAAAAGACAGCACUUUCAGCAAUGUGUGCAUCUUUGAGGUAUCAAUUAGGAUGAGUUUCUGUUUUAAUUUCUUUUGAAACUUGUAAGUUCAAUUUUAAUUUUUUUAAAUGGAUAAUUUGAUAAUAAUAUUUCAUAUAAGUCUUAAUUGUUCAUCAGAUUUCGUUUAUGACAUGGAUAAUGUUCUGAAGAACGGGAAAUUUAUCACUAUACAAUUUACACUUCACCCUAAGUUGAGUGUUGGGAUUUCCUAAAAAGUUAUCACUGUGCUUAGGGUGAGACAUCUCUUUUUCAAAACCUUUACUGCUAACCAAAUCUUUCCUCACAAGAUAAAUUACCAAUUUAAUGUGGUGCUUUAGUGCCAGAAGCGUAGAAUAAAUUUUCAUGUGCCAACAUAUUAUUCAGAUCUCAAGGCUUUUGAGAGAAGACUUACUGAAGUGAUAAGUGGUCAUCAGCCAGCUGCAAGGUUUUGGAGAAGUAUGACAAGUUAUUUUUGUUUGGAGUUUUUACAUUACUUUUUAUGAGUCUUAAUUUUGUACAAAUGUCAUUGAUGUUAUUUUUUUACAACCAAUUUUUUUAUUAAUGCAAUGGCUUAUUUAUCAAGAGAAUAAAUAGAAACCUCUUAAAUUUAAGUUGCCAGCAAUUUAGUUAAAGGAAUUAUACUAUACAAUAAGCAAAAAGAAGUUUUGAAAAUCAAAUAUCUUUUUAUUUCUUGUCAUUCAAGUUACAGUUCAUACAAUUAAUCGCUAGUUGAAAUGCAAACUAAAGAUUUUUAUUUUAUUAAAAUUUGUUGAAAUUCUCCAAUAUCUAAAAAUUGAGCUUUGGAAAUGUGUUUUGCAAUAUCUUAUUGUAUUAAAAACUUUAAAAAAUCAGACAUAUAUUUACUGAACAUAAUUAUUUUUCUUCCUUCUUCACAGUAAUUUUUUUCUUUGUCUCAAUGUGCACCAUUGUGGGUGCUUGGACUUGGUUGUGGGACCCAGAGACUUCACAGGUAAUACCACUUCAAAUCUUUUAGCUAUUGUGUUACAUUUUUACUGCUAUAACUAUCAAUAUAAUUUAAAUUUAAUAUAAUUACAUCUGUAUGUUUGUGUUUUGUAAUUUUUAUUCACCGGAUGUAAAUUUCACAAAGGUAAUAUCAUAACGUUGCUUUUUUUAGAUGAUUGCUGCCAAGGUCUACAAGAUUGUCAAUUAUCUUACUUAGUUGUUAUUGUGUGUUCCAACACUUGCUCAAUUUCGCAACAUGUUAGGUCACCAGUUUUCAGCUCGCUAAUACACAGCACAGUACUCAUUUCUAGAUCAUGAGCAUUGCAGUAUAUUAUUCAAUCAGGGAUAGACAAAUAUAGGAUACUUUGUCACCAUAAUGGAUGAUAUAUUUUGACUAGACCUCUUGAAUUGUCAAAUUCUGGCUCCUGAGAGAAAGUGGCCAGCUUGUGAAUUGUUUUUAGGAUUUCCUUUCCCUGAUUUUAAUAUUUAGUUUUGUUUUAUGCACAUCUGGUGACUCAUCUUGUAUCAUCUCAGAUUUUUAAGUUUAAUGACCCAGUUUAAGGGAUCUAAUCCUGACUUUGGGGAGAAAUUAGACAAAAGUGACCACACUAAAUCCUGUAUCAUUUUAGGCAUUAAUAAAAUAAAUGUGUUUACCCCAGCUUAAAUUUGUUUUCUUAGAAUUAAAACAAGUAACAAAAAGAUAAUCUUAUAAAAUUAUAGUCAAUUUUAUCACUUCACUUAGCCAAGAAGCGCCCCCUUGGCAAACAUAGGAAAUAAGAUACUUAAUUUGACAUUUUAAGAUUUGUAAAUUAUAUUCUCUUUAUUCUCAUAUUGGCUGAAGAAAUUCCAUUUCCAUGAACAAUGAAAGCAUUCCAAAUUUCAGGUUUCCACAUUCCUUUCAACUUAUUGCCCUGCCUGUUUACCUUUGGCAAAAGUAGAGAUUCCUGAUGAAAUAUCACUAGGCUAUAUGGUGACUAAAAAUAAAAGGGUUUCAAAAUUCCAUGUUAUAUUGAGAUUUUUAAAUAUUAUUCUUUUACAGUUUAAAACUGUUGUAAUGUUUAAAAAUUAAUGCUUUCAUUGUUGCAAAUAUUCUUUUCAAGCCCCUACUUCAUAGACAUUCAUACUCAAUUUUUAAGCACUUUUACUGUUACCUGAACAAUUUUAAUUCUAUUUAAUGCUCCUGUGCUAUGAGGAGUUUAUUUUUUAUAUUUUUUUUACUAAAGAUGGGUGGUAAGAUAUAUUAAAAAUGUUAAAUUUUGUUGCUGUUUGAAGAUGGCACUGUCUUAGUCUUGCAGCGCAAAGGUAACAAUAGUCUUUAUUGAUAGGAACGUAUGAAUGAUUGAAAAUCCUGCCCUUUUAGUACUUGUAGUUUUCCAUCCAUGAUAUAUUUUUUAUUGUUUUAUGAAGUGUUGCACAUUGGCACCUUUUUUUUCUUGUGUGUUCUCAGGUUAGUUUGUCUCAGUCGCUAUGGAAUCAUCCUUUCUUCACAAUAAGCUGUUCUGUGUUGUUGCUUCUAUUCCUGUUUGGAAUACACAAGAGAGUGGUUGCAGCAUCCAUGUAUCCUUGGUUUUUACUAAAGAAAAAACUCUAGGGAGUGGUUUGUAUGAAGAAAUGAGAAUCGUGAUAUUAUUGUGAUUUAUUUGCUUUCUAAAAGCUAGAGACGUGAGAUCAUCCUAAUAAUCUCAGCAUCCAAGAAGUUCCUAAAUUUUCUUUUUGGUGUAGCAUAAGUUGAAAAGACUUCUUCGCAUUUACAGGUGGUGGACAUGGGACCAAGAUAAAAUCAGAUAGCCCUUUUUGGCUAUUCAACAUUAUAAGUAUAACCCUAUCACAACUCCUAUCCAAAAUUCUAACAAUGAAAACUUGUGAGGUUAUUUACUGAUGUCAACUGGCAUUUGUCCCCAUGUCCCAAUCUUUUACCAGGAAGUACUCAGUCAGGAAUUUUUUAAGGAUAUUAAAUAAUCUAACUAUGCCGAAUUAUUUCAUACCUUAACAAAUGAUCAGUAUUGCAUCAAGGUGUCGAACAUUUCUCUCAGAAUACAACAUGUCUUGUGAUGAUGUAAGUCCAACUGAUUUGACAAUUAAGUGUUACUCAUGUCAUAUAACAUGUAUUAAUUUUCUCAUUUCUUUAGGAUUUUGUUUUAGUUGAGUGUUAUUUUAGUUUACAUAUACUUUUUGAUUGUGUAGGAUUGAACAAAGGCAAGACUAAUUCACUAAUUGUAUAGUCCUUAUGUUUUAAAAAAAAAGUUUAACAAUCAGUAACACACUACAGAUAAUAAAAUUAAAGAAGUUUUUAAAAAAUAAAUAAUAAGGAUAGCUUUGGGGCUGCAAUGUUUUUGCUUUGUAGUUUUAAUUUGAGUUUCUAAUGUAUUAUAUCUUCAGUAUAAGUUUGAUAUAAUGUAUAACUUCAGAAACCCCUUGCAGUAAAUUGUUGGACUUAAAAUUGUCAGAUUUACUUAAAAAGAUUUACUCAAUAGAUAAGCUGUUAAAAUUGAAAUAGGCUUUCUUAUUUACCACUCAACAGAAUGGUAAACUUAUACUCAAACCUCGGCCUGCUCCAUGACAGGAAGACAUCUUUAAUUUGCCUCAGAGAAAGUCGCUCUCGUCAGUCAUUAGCUGGGUCAGAAGAAGAUUCAAAGUUCCCCGUCCUAGGAGCUGACAUCUUCUACUUAUUUAACUUGGUCUUCUUGGUUGUUUAGUCAUCAUUACUUCAGACAGCUAAUUUUGAUCUCCGUGUGCAAGUGCAAGCCAGAUAUGCUCUGAACAAAAGGAAGAAAGCCAAACAGGCUGACACAUAAGAACUCUUGAAAUGAAAAAGGUCUGAAAAAAAGGCAGGUAUAGGAAUGGAUUUAAAAGCAAGGCACAAAAAUUAUUUAUUUUUGGGGAGGAAAAAAAAAUGUUUAGUUCCUUCACAAAAUUCAUUUGAUAAAUUAUCAGUUUGUGGUGGUCCUGUUUUGUACCCAUCUGCCUUUCAUACAUUUCAGUCUCAUUUUUUGGCCUCACUCCUAAAAGAAUGAUAGUUGGCUCUUAUCUGUUUAGGAGAUUAUCAAUGCUUUUUGCUAAAGAUUCAUGUUUUAAUCUCAGAAAUCAUUUUUGCUUUGGUAUUUAAAAAAACUGGCUAUCAGUUUUGUGAGGUGUGUGUAGUUUAAUGAUGUCAUCAAUAUUGUUUUUUUUAAUGGCGAGUUUAAGUUACUAGAUUUGAAAUUUCAAAAACCUUUAUGACCCUUGUCAUCCUGAACAUUUUUUAAUCAAUUCCUCAAUUGUGGUUCUGUUUUUCCAAGAGAACUGAAAUUUAGUCUUCAAGUACGGUACAUUUCAUUUCAGAGUUUCAGGAAUGGUCAUGUGAAUGUCUUGGGUCGGAUGGGGUCUCAACACAUUAAAAAAAUGUUUUUAAAUGGUUUCUCAGUUAGUAAUGGUAAUGACUAUGCUUUUGGAUUUUUUAAAAACUUAUAUUGAAAUUAUUUUAGUAGUAUAAUAAUAGUCAGGGACAAAAAAAAUAAAAUGUUUCGUCUAGCUAGGCAAUGGUAAUAGGUAUCAACUAACUGGAUAAUUCUAAUGUGUUUGGAUUGGUAGUUAUAAUGAGGUCAUUCAAAUUCCUGUUUAAAUAAUUUUCUGGUAAAUAUCUGUGUCAAAGUUAGAUGCCCAGCUUUCCUUGUAGUUCAGGGCGUCUGCAGUCUAAUGCCAUGUUCUUCUCUCCCCCUACCUCCACUUCUAUAAUAUAAUAGUAUUAUAUUGGUGGCACCUGUUGUUGGCUUAUGAGGCAAUUAAAGAUGUUAAAAAUACAUGUCUUUAAAGACACAAUUUAUAUAAAUUCAAUGAAUUAAUGUAUAUAAAAUGUUGAUGCAAGAAUUGGGUUAAAAGUACCCGGUAAUUUUGUAAUGAAAUAAGAUUGAAAGGUAUUUUGUGACAAAAUAAGAUUACAUGAGUUUUUGUAAAAAUGUAAGUUAUAAAAAGAACUCUUGUAAAAAUGUGUGAAUUGUAAAGAUUUUUAUAACAAUGUAAGAUUGAAAGCACUUUAUAAAGAAGGAAGACUGAACGAAAUUUAGUUCAGUAAGAACGAUUAAUUGUGUGUGCGACCAAUUGUGUGUGUAGUGAAUAAAUGUAUUUUGAAUUAAACUGCUGAUUACAUUGUUUCUUACUGAAAUUAAAAAUGACUAUUCACGCUACACAACUAUUGACCUGUAGGCAAAAAAAAAAUAUUUUUAAAAUACCAUUAUGUAAAAAUAUGUAAAAGAAGAAUGCAGUCCUAUUGUUUUCUUGCUAUAUUUUUAUACUUCAGGGCUUUGUCCCAUAUGGGCCAAAUUUUGAUUAUUUACAUGAUGAUCAACAUAAUGUCCUAUGCACAGUCCAAAUUGUUAGAUUUUUUUUACUGUUGCUAUUGGUUUUUUUUUGCUUGUUAUUGUUUACUUUUUUUGGUUAAUAUUUUUGUUGUCUUUAUGUUAAUGAAGUUACAAAAUAAGUAACUGAAUCAUAUUUUGUUGUUAUUAUUGGUAUUGGAGUCCAAUGGUUUGAUUGUAAUUUGAUGAAAGGUGGUCGAUUGGUUGUUCAUUAUUUCAAGUAAUUUCUGAAUAUCGAGUAUGCGUUAUUCGGGCUAGAUUUCAAUGUUCCACAGACAUUCAUGGUAGGGAACAUUUAAAAUUCUGCUAUACUAAGUUAGGUUAAUUGGUAAGGGCUGUGUAAAAUAACUUUCAUGGCUUUAAUUUAUUAGUUGCACAAUUAUUUUAUUUAGUUUCCAGCUCAAUGUAAGACAUACAUUUUAUUGCAAGUUUGACCUACAUAAUGUGAGGGUUAUCUAAAAUAUAUCUGUCCCAGUGAAAAUAAAUUUGAAUUAUUUUGAACUGAUUAAAAUUUUGAAAGAUUAAUAAAGAUGACUUGAAUCAAAGCU